CAGACUAAAAUCUACAGACUAGAACUCACGGAGACGUUAGAUUUGCCGAUGUUUGCCGAUGUUGCACGAAUCCCUGCCAUGUGCUGCAUCGGAAGUAUCACGGCGAAUGUUCAAAGCUAACAACUAUUUCUCAUUCAGCAUUACACUGUUCGUCCUCCAGGAGGCGCUUUGCGGUCCAGAAAGCUAAUUCUCCAUUCACCCGUAUUGUAUCCUAAGAUAUUUUUUUCUCUUUUUAGACACGCGUCUACACUAGAAGUCUUGAACAUUAAAAAAAUUAUUAAUUACUGUCUGUGACAGUAAUGGAAAUCCGCCUCAGCAGUUAUUAGAAAGUGGUGCAGGCUUAUCUGCUUAUCUGUUAAUCAUAAUCGACUGUGAUUGGUCCAUCCUAGCACACGGUGAGAAAAGUAACAGUUAUCACGUGACGGCACCUAUUUUAAACGCGUUCUAAACAAUAAAUAAUAUUAUUCUAAAUGACGACAGAAAUCUUUAAUAGCAAUUACAUUGAAAAUUCCACAGUGAAUCGUCAAAAUAAUAAAUACACCAAUUUGUUUUAACAUCUACUUAAUUGUCGCUGCCGCUCUACUGGCUCAUUUCUGUUUCUGUGGUCGCGUGUCGGAAUAGUUCGCGAAUUUUCCCGAACGCCUCGCGUGAGUUUCCGGCGAAGGAAAGACAUUGAAGUCGAACGUGGUGCAGUAUAGUACAAAUAAACGGUUAUUACGGCUUGUGAAUACUUGAUUUGUGUCGCUAAGCCUUCGUGAUGUCUGUGUUGUGUUAUAAUAAAGGCUGCGGACAGCGGUUUGAUCCAGAAACCAAUCCUGAAGAUGCAUGUACAUUCCAUCCUGGAGUUCCUGUGUUUCAUGAUGCUCUGAAGGGUUGGUCAUGUUGUAAGAGGCGGACAACAGACUUCUCGGAUUUUCUUAGCAUUGCGGGCUGCACUAAAGGUCCUCAUAACAGCGAGAAGCCGCUGGAACCCGUGAAACCGGACGUGAAGAUCUCAGGAGAGAAGAAAGAGUUGGAGGAUCUCAAACCCAGGUUUAAUGAGUAUAUCAUCCAGGCGCCCAAACCGCUGGAGUCCAUACAGAGACCCAGCUCUGAUGAGCCGCUGGUGGAGCUGCAGAGGAAAGUGGCUCCGUCUCUCAGUCAAGCGCUGGAGAAGCUCAGACUUGCACACGCUGAUCAGCCUGAAGAAACAGACGAGGAAGGAGGUGAAGUCAAAAUUGGGACGACAUGUAAAAACGGAGGCUGCUCGAAGACAUACAACGGACCAAAGACUGAUGAGGAGACGUGUUUAUAUCAUCCUGGGGUGCCUAUUUUCCAUGAAGGGAUGAAGUACUGGAGCUGCUGUAAGAGAAAGACAUCGGAUUUUAACUCCUUCCUGUCUCAGCAGGGCUGUAAUAAAGGAUCACACCAAUGGAGGAAAGACACGGGUAAGAAAUUGGCUCCAUGUAGGUUUGAUUGGCACCAGACAGGAAGUCAGGUGACCAUGACCGUCUAUGCAAAGAACUCGAACCCUGAGCUCUGCUCUGUGGAAGCCAACAGCACCUCGCUGAAAAUCCGUCUAAUCUUUGAAGGAGAUAAAGAGUUUGAGCUGAAGGUGAAUUUGUGGGGGGUAAUUGACAUCAGUAAGAGUGUCGUUAACAUGAUGGCUGCCAAAGUCGAGGUAGUCAUGAAGAAGGCGGAGCCUAUGUCCUGGGCCCGGCUGGACCUGCCGCCUCCAAAACCUCAACCGACCAAUGAGAAGACAGAAAAUCAAGAAGGAGAGAGAGUGAUUGCUUAACGACCCAGACGACUGUGACUAAGCGCUCAGACUCUGACAGACAGCAGUGAUCAGUGAGCUGGACCUCAACAAAACCCGCAGGUCUGUGUCACUGUACGGUUACCAUACACUCGCUCUGGUUUGCCACCCGCUCUUUAUAUAAGAAAACAAAAUGAGAUUAUUUAUUAAAUUGGAGUUCGUAAAAAUCAUAUGACAAGGAUUCAUGAAGGAUGAGCAAAACAGUAGACUAUUUAAUUGGAUGUGAAUAAAACUGUGAGGGAUGGAAGUACAUUUAAACAAUCCUAUAUUAUUAUGAUGAAGUUAUCAAUGGUAAAAAUAUAGUUGGAUGAACAAUAAAUAACCAAAGCCUUGUUUUCAUUGGUGUCAGAUUCAAUAUGGGAUCAGUUCCUACUAAAGUCUGUUUCUUAAACAGUUUCAUUGAUUUAACAACUUUUAAUAUGGCAAUAAAAUCAGUUUGGACUAGCAAUUCUUGCUUUCUGUAAACAUUUAAGUUAGAUGUAAUUUCUGUAUUUUUUACUUAAGUACCAUUAUUAUUACUUGAGAAAUUAUUAGUAUCACUGUCUGUAAUGUGGUUAAUUCCUCUAAUGUGUAAGUGCUUUUUCUUGCCUUUUUCUAUUCCAUGUUGUCUGUUUCUCAAUAUUCUCAUCAUUUCAUUUUUCUUAUGCACUUUCACCCAAUUUCACUCCUGCCAUGGGCUGGAAACUCCUUCUGAGUCAUGAAUGUAGAGAAGAGAAAAUAAACCAUCCAAAAACACAUGCUGUGUAGACUUACUCAGGUUUAGCUUGGAUCAAACAAGAAAAAAAGUGCAGUAAAACACUGAAAACUACAGUGAAAUAUCAGUGUUUAUUUGCAUCUGAUGAAUUGAUCUUUGAUGAUACUGUCUCAUGUUACUGUAAACAUUAAAUUAUUGUACUGUACCU